CUGACAAUAGCAGCUAACGUUCAGAAAAUUGAAGUCAGGCACGUCGAGUUCUAUUAACUGAAUGGUUCGGAUAAUAAGAGAUUUAACUAUGAAUUCAUAUAUUUGGAUCCAAACACAAAAUCGUUCGCAUAAAUGGAGCGCGGAUGAAUGGAAUUCAACUGUGUAUGUGCACUUGUUAUUAUUACACAAAGUUAGGAAAUAAUCAUAAAACGAUUGUGUUCUCUGAUAGUGAUCAGAUUCUCUGAUAGUGGGGGCACAUGUGAGAUUAGAUCACGUCAGGGAGAUUAUAAACGUGCUGCUUACGUAUACGGCAAACGACAAGUAAUACACGUUGAUAAGCAACACAUAUCCCAGACGACAUUCUCUUAAAAAUGAAGCAGAGUGCGGAAUUAUUUCACGAAUAGAAUAGAAGUUAGAUCGAUUCAAGGACAAACCGCGCUACGAAGGAUUUGUUUCUAACUUGGUGAUAAUAGAUUUGUGACAAACAUCAUGGCUACAUUAACUGCAGCGGAUUAUGCAGUGAUCGGCGCAUUAAUUCUGAUUAGUUCCGGCAUUGGUGUGUAUUAUUGGCUCGUCGGUGGCCGGCAGAAGUCGACUGAGGAAUACUUCACGGCGAACAAGUCAAUGCGAGUGAUCCCGGUAGCGAUAGGUUUGAUGGUUUCAUAUUUAUCAGCAGUCAGUCUACUCGGAGUGAGCUCCGAAAAUUACAUAUACGGUACGCAAUACGCUGUGAUCAACAUCUCUUACGGCCUCGCCACGCCGUUUGCAGCUUAUUUUUAUUUACCGGUGUUUUUUAAGCUAGACACCACGAGCACUUUCGAGUAUCUGCAGAGGCGUUUCGGCACGACUACCCAAUUAAUAGCCAGUUUUGCCUUUUUGCUCCAAUUGCUUCUGUACACCGGUGUGGUGUUGUAUGCACCUGCGUUGGCCUUAGAAGCCACCACGGGUAUUUCGACGACCGCAAGUGUGAUUGGUUUAGGACUCAUCUGCACUUUCUAUUCGACGAUCGGUGGUAUUAAGGCGGUACUUAUCACCGACGUUUUCCAGGGUCUGUUAAUGUUGAUUGCCGUUAUCACAGUCAUCGCCACCGCGGCUGUUGCCACCGGUGGUCUAGACCGAAUUUGGCAGAUAGCCGCAGAGGGAUCUCGGUUGGAAUUUGACAACAUCUCUCCGGAUCCAACUGUACGACAUACUUGGUGGAGUUUGACACUUGGUGGUUUCUUUACUUACCUUUCCUUGUACAGCGUUAAUCAAGUUCAGGUUCAAAGAAUGCUGACUGUCAGCAAUAUAACAGCCGCUCAGCGCGCGUUGUGGUGGAGCUGGCCGAUGGCGUCGAUCAUGUCGCUUACUCUGUGCUUUUCUGGACUAGCGAUAUAUGCGAAAUAUCGUAACUGCGAUCCGCUCACGGAAGGCAGGAUCAGCUCGAAUGAUCAACUGAUGCCGUUGUACGUGAUGGACAUGCUGUCGGAUUAUCCCGGUGUGCCUGGGCUUUUCAUAGCCGGGAUUUUUAGUGCCGGCCUCAGUACCAUCUCGGCCACAGUUAAUUCACUCGCCGCUGUUAUUCUUGAAGAUUAUAUCAAGCCGCUCUGGCGUGUAAGAAACAGGGAUCUAUCUGCUACGGCGUCAAUAAUCAUUAGCAAAAUUUUGGCUCUUGUAGUUGGAAUAUCGUGUGUGGCGGUCGCGUUUCUAGCACAGUACCUCGGUGGAUUGUUGCAGGCGGCUUUGACGAUCUUUGGUGUCGUAGGUGGACCUAUGUUGGGCUUAUACACGCUUGGCAUGUUCCUGCCGUCGUGCAACCAAAGGGGCGCAAUCACGGGCUUCGUUCUUAGUCUCAUGUUCUCUUUGUGGGUAGGAUUCGGACAGCCGAAACCGCCGAUUCCGCGGUUGGAUGUCUCAACAGACGGUUGUGGAUUCAACGACACUAUUAUGUUUCACGGAAGCAAUGGGAAAUCGUCGAAUUACACAAACUUAUACUACGAACUCCAAAUGGAGGGAGAAACGGAGAAAUCCUAUUUUUAUCUUUAUCGCAUAUCCUAUAUGUGGUACUGUCCACUGGGAUUUCUCGUUGCCGUAAUCACGGGAUGGAUCGUCAGCUGGAUAACAAAAUGGAUUUUUAGGGAAGACCCGAUCGAAAUCGAUUUGAUUUUGCUAAGUCCGAUUGUGGCAAGUCGGAUAGAAAAACGAAGAGAGGCAGAUAAAUAUCGCAACACGAUAAAAUUCAAUAAAAAUUGAAAACUUAUAGCCUCGCGUUCUUAUUUAUAAAUAAUUGAGAAAAAAGGUAUUUAGACACAUUUGCGUUCCUGUAUAUAAAAACAUAUUGAGUGUUUAUAUCUAUAAAUAAUAGCAUGCAGGUAAAUUUCAUUAGAGGUAUCAAUAUUUAUGUCGUAACGUAUAAAUAAUUUUAAUACGCGUUACCACAAAAAUAUAACUGUGUGUAACAAACAUUUUUCUCAACGAUUGACCAGAUUGGGCCAUUUCACACUGCGUGAAAAUGCCAGCUGGGAGUCUCGCGACGUACAGACAUAAACACUACGGACUACAAACUGCGCGCUGUACACUUUACCGAAACGUUCGCAAAUCACGAUGGAAUGCCGCCAGACUGGUGUGUGCGCGCGCGCGAGCGCGCGCCAUACGGUGACACACAGAGCAAACGCAAGCAAUGACCUGCGUCAUGCAGUUCUUACGUAAGGAAAUAACACCAAAAUAACGUACCCGCCGAAAGAGCAAAUUUCGAAAAUUCGCGUCCAAGCGGAGGAGAGGUAAAAAUUUCUUUUCACAGAUAGCGUAACAUACGUGUAAUUCGCUGAUACAUCAUACCGUCUACAUCUGUGUCUAAAUCACGCAACGAACAACACUCGGCACAGUAAAUUAAGAAAUUUUCGAUUACGGAAUACUGCUUGUGAAAAAUUCCAGAGAAACAGAGAUUUUAUCUCCUUUCCACAUCAUUUCCUUUCUUUUUUUUUUAGCCUCAAUAAGUCGCCGCAAUAAGCUGCGCUUAUCGUGGCGGUGUGAAUUGAAAACGUGUUCCCAGUAAUCAAAGAAGAAAGCUCUGUGCAAUUGGACGAACAACGGGAAUGGGAAAAUAAAGAUGUCGUUCAAGCUGUCGGGCGCGAAAUGGCUACCGGUUUUGUGCGUUUCUUACAGGAAUGCAUCAUCUCGAUUUAAAUCGAUCUAAUGUAGUCACAUUGUAACUACUUUUGGAAAGCAAUCUUAUACGCAAGUGUUUCAAAAUAAUUGUUGCGUAUUGUUGAAAUGAGUUACAAGUGUAAAAACAGAAAAGCAACUCAGUCAGUAACAGUACGUAAUAUUAAAAUAUGAAAUAUUAAUUCAAAAUCAAAUUUUAUUGUAUAAUAAUAAGUAUAAUAUUCAGCAAAUUUGAUUUUUUUAACGAAUAAAGUGACGCUCAUCUACCUAUAAGAAUUCAGGUUCAAGAAUGUUCACAAAUCAAACACUUUAGAAAAAUAUUCGAGUUUAUCUAAAAAAAAAUUGUAAAUAUAGACUCAGCGUUAUAUAUAAAAAAAUGUUAGCGUCAAAAGUUACGGUUAUAGAUAUCAAACUUGAAGUUGAGCUAGGCUAUAUAGCUUUGCUAUCUUAUCUGGAUUAAAUCUGAUUUUUCAAUAAAUUGCUUGGCAG